UCAUAUGUGUCUAUGGAACGUACUGUCAGAGCACAGAUCAGCCAAAGGUGCAUUCAGCUGCCUGAGAAGCCGUCCCGACAUGGAGAGCAAGGCAGAGGCUAUCGAGGUUUCCCCUGGCAACGCCGGGGAUCUGGAGCUGGGGGCGAAGUGGCGGGAAGGCCAGGGGGAGGCCCAGGCUGGUCCGCGGCGCGCGCCGUGCGGUUUCGAGCGCUACGUCCAGCCCUGCCUGGCCGAGCUGCUGGGCUCGGCGCUCUUCAUCUUCACCGGCUGCCUCGCCGUCAUCGAGAACACCGAGGGCACCGGGAGGCUCCAGCCCGCCCUGGCGCACGGCCUGGCCCUGGCCAUCGUCAUCGCCGUCCUCGGGGCCAUCAGUGGCGGCCAUUUCAACCCAGCUGUGUCGCUCUCGGUCUGCUUUAUCGGGGGUCUCAACCUGGCCCUGCUCGUCCCCUACAUCUUGGCCCAGCUGUGUGGGGGCAUGAUCGGGGCUGGACUGGCCAAGGCUAUCUCUACCCCACAUAGCUACGCCAAUGCCACAGGUGCAGCCUUCAGUUCGGUGCAGGCCGACGCCCAGGUGUGGCCCGCAGUGCUGGCCGAGGCGGUGAUGACGCUGUUUCUCACCAUGGUGGUGUGCAUGGGGGCGGUCAACAGCCAGACCAGGGGGCUCCUGGCACCCCUCUGCAUCGGCCUUACUGUGGUGGCCAAUAUCCUGGCUGGGGGCGCGGUGUCCGGCGCCUGCAUGAACCCAGCCCGCGCGUUCGGCCCAGCAGUUGUGGCGAACGUCUGGGGCUACCACUGGAUCUACUGGGUGGGCCCUAUGGCGGGGGCUCUGCUCACGGUCGGCUUCGUAAGACUCCUGCUGGGUGACCGGGCGAUACGCGUGCUUCUGAAGUAACAGGCUUAAGUUGCAACAGUAAGCCUCGAGGAAGAUCGUUCCAAUAUCCACGUGAAGGAAUAAACCCUCCUAAAACGGCUCGGUUCUAUUUCAAGCCAUUAAGGGAUUAUUCAUGCCAACUGCAGUAGCUGGUAGCUACGGUAAUUUUUUAGCCACCAUUCACUUAUUCACCUUUCACUGCAGGAAUAUACUGUAGGCUAUAGUAUGUAUAUAUAUAUAUAUAUAUACCAUAUAUAUAUAUACUGUGCACUUAGGGCACGUAAAUAGCCUGCCUAUUUAAAAAGGAAACAUCAAAUAGCCAUACGUGUCUGAACACACUACAUAGGACUACGCUGUAAAAAUAUCCUCCGCCCCCGUAAAAAAAAAACGGUGCUGCCACUGAAAAUCAAUUUACUGAAGGGAAAAUACUGUAUACAUCCGGUUAUUUAGCUGCUAUUUAACUGUUAUCAUAAAUCCUAUUUUAUGGGGUUUAUAUAUGCAACAAAUAUAAAUGUAUACUAUGCAAUAUUCCAGCGAUUGUUUUCUUUUUAACAGUAGGCUAACCAUUAUAGGCUACCGUU